AUGAAGGCCGCCCUGAUCCUGUCUGUCCUGGCCUCUGCCGCCGUUGGCGUUGUCGCCGAGGAGCUCAAGAUUGACGUGACGCUGCCCGUCGUCUGCGAGCGCAAGACCAAGAACGGUGACAAGAUCCAUAUGCACUACCGUGGCACCCUCGCCGCCGACGGAUCACAGUUCGAUGCCAGCUACGACCGGGGCACUCCCCUCGUCUUCAAGCUUGGUAGCGGCCAGGUUAUCAAGGGAUGGGAUCAGGGUCUCUUGGACAUGUGCAUCGGCGAGAAGAGGACUCUGACCAUUCCCCCCGAGUUCGGUUAUGGCCAGCGAGCCAUUGGCCCUAUUCCCGCCGGCUCGACCCUGAUCUUCGAGACGGAGCUCGUCGGCAUCGAUGGCGUCCCCAAGCCCGAGAAGAUCGAGACCAAGGUUGUCGAGAAGGUCGAGUCUGCCACCGAGAGCGCUGAGGAGGCAGCCGAGUCUGCUACCGAGAAGGUUGCCGAGAAGGUCGCCAGCGUCGUCGCUGAGGCUGCCGACGCCGCCAAGACCAUCCUCGCGGAUACUGAUGACGCCCCCGUUCACGAGGAGCUGUAA